AUGACCCUCGUCAAUGUUCCCCAGAUUGUGGUUGCUCUAGAAGAGGCUGUUGAAGAGCCGAUUCCUGCCGUGGACCAGCAGAAACCAGAAGCUCUCCGCAUCAAGGAGGAACCAGAUGAUGAAUCUCAGUUCUCACUGCUUCAUCAGAAACGAGCAGAAGGCCGCUGUCUUCCAGCCAGCAGCUCCGAUGACAAGAUGGAGACCGACGAAGAGGAAUCCAGCAGGAACCCAGAGCUACAUUCUCGUCAGGACGCUCAUGAAGAAACGAAUCCAGGUGCGGACCAUCAGGAUCCAAAGCUGCUUCACAUCAAGCAGGAAGAGGAAGAACCUUGGACCGGCCUGGAGGGAGAGCGCCUCAAAACCUCUGUUCUCACACCUUCAUCAGAAGAUGGAGAUCUUCCAACCAGCAGCUCAGCUGACCAGAUGAAAGCAGAAAAUGAAGAAGAGGACGGUGGAGCAGCAGAGUCCAGCAGGAACCCAGAUCAACACGCUGAUGGAGACUCUUCCAGCUCUUCAGAGACAGAGGUCAGUGAGGAUGAAGAGGAGGAUGAUGGUGAUAGUGACUAUGAUUAUGAUGAUGAUGGUGACAGUGAUGAUGGUGGUGAAAGUGAAGGGAGCCAUCCUGCCUCCCAGCAUCAGCGCAUGUCAGACUCUGGAUCUGGAACUGAGGACAGUGGGACUGACUGGAAGGAGGGCAGAGCUCCUGAGUCAGGAGAAAACGCCGUCAAUUCACUGAGCUGCUGCGAGUGCCGUAAACGGUUUGUUAACGAGCGCUCUCAGAGACACAUGACCCAUCAUUCAACAGGAAGGUCUUCAAGCCGGGCAACUAAAGGUAAAAGUACUAAAGGGAAGAAAAAUGUCAACACACUAAGUCCAGGGAAAGCCCAGACUGAUGUCAAAUUAUUCACCUGUGAUGACUGUGGUAAAAGUUUCAGUUGGAAAAAUCAUCUAAGCAGGCACAAGAGAAUCCACACGGGAGAGAAACCUUUUGGCUGUGAUGUUUGUGGACAAAGAUUCAACCAGAAUUCUAAUUUAAACAAGCACAUGAGAAUCCACACGGGAGGAAAACCCUUCGGUUGUGAUGUCUGCGGACAAAGAUUUAACCUGAAGUCAUACUUACACAUACACAUGAGGAUUCAUACAGGAGAGAAACCGUUUGGUUGUGAUGUUUGUGGACAAAGAUUUAACCAAAAAUCCAACUUAAACAAGCAUGCCAAAAUCCACUCUGGAGGGAAACCGUAUGGCUGUGAUUUCUGUGGACAAAGAUUCAACUUGAAGUCAUAUUUAAGCAAACAUGUAAGAAUCCAUACAGGGGAGAAACCAUAUAGAUGUAGUGUUUGUGAUCAGAGAUUCAACCUAAAGUCACAUUUAAACUUGCACAAGCUAACCCACACAGGAGAGAAACCAUUCGCUUGUGACAUUUGUGGACAACGUUUAAUACAAAAGUCUGCUUUAAAGAAACACAUGAAGAUCCACUGUGAGGUAAAAUCAUUUGACUGUGUGUGUGGACGGCGAUUCAACCAGAAGUCGGCUUUAAAAAGACACUUGAGAAUCCAUGCAGGUGAGAAACCUUUUGGUUGUGAUGUUUGUGGACAAAGGUUUAACCAGAAAGCACAUUUAAACAAACACAUGACCCUUCACACAGGAGCCAAACUGUUUGGCUGUGAUGUCUGUGGACUAAGAUUUAAUCUAAAGUCACAUUUAAUCAAACACAGUAAUGUCCACAAGGAUGGAGAAAGUGUUCAGAUUUAAAUGUAAAGCUUUAAAGUUCAGCUGUUUUACUUUUGAACCAUGAUUCUUUAAACUAUACAGUAAAAACAUGGGAUAUUACAGUACACAUCUUUUCUCUGUUAGACUUUAUAAAAACUACAUGCCUGCUGCAGUCAAAUCAAAGGUUUCUUCUCAAGAAUGCUUUUUGUUUAAAUUGUUUCUAUGAAAUUGCCAUGUAAAUACAAAAAAUGUUUUUUGAAUUCCUCAAACUUUUGUUUUAGUUGGUGUGUGUCGACGGACAAAGAUUUUUUUGUCAGAUGAUUGGAAGGUAAUUGAAUGAACUUUACGUCAUUCUCUCGUCUGCUCUUAGGAGAAAUGUUUGUUUUUUCCAAUCUGUUUUUUUGUUGCGUCUGGAGAAACCUCUACGUGCCUCCUGGUCUGGACACAAACACUUCCUUGUUUUGAUCUGCUGCAUGGAUAACUGUCACAAACUGAGGACUUCAUGUGGUGGGAUUAUCAGCUGAAUAUGAAAAAGUAUUUUGUACCAGAAAUUCUGUACAUGUAAGAAUAUUUUAAAGAAUUUCCUUCGUUGGACUUUGUGCAACUUGUUCAAAUUUGUUUGUGUUAUAAAAACAAGACUUCAUUUUGGUUCCCUGACAUUGAAUCAAAGUGAACGUUUUCUCUUCUGGGUCAGGUUGGAUGAUCAGAGCUUUUUAUAUUUGCCAAAUUUCAGAAUAAUAAAUGAUUUGGAAGAUUUUAA